GCGGUGAUCUGUGUUGGAGCGGAGCAGCAGCAGCAGGAGCCUCUCGGCUGCGGAGAGACACACCCGGGACCAACGAUCCAUCGAUGGCGACUCCAGUAGUGCUGCUCUUCCGAGUUCUGGAGGAUCUGGGAGAAAAAGAGCUAAAAUCAUUCAAGUGUUUCCUGCAGCAACCCGGCAUCCUGAAUGAGCUCCCGGCCAUCCCAAAGAGCCGACUGGAGACGGCAGACAGGCAGGACACGCUGGACGAAAUGGUCAAGACCUACAGCGAGUACACUGUGGAAGUCACCAAGAUGGUUUUGACUAAGAUGAACAAGAAUGACCUCGUUCAGCAGUUGGCACACUGCCCAAGUCCAGAAGCCAUUCUUGCUGACUGCCGGAGAAAUCUCAAAUUCAACCUGAACGAGAAGUUUAAGGAUUUGUUUGAAGGAAUCAAAAGAGCAGGAAAGUCGACACCUCUGAAUCAGAUCUACACAGAGCUGUACAUCACAGAGGGAGGGAGUGGAGAGAUCAAUACUGAACAUGAGGUCAGACAGAUUGAAACAGCAUCCAGGAAACCAGACACACCAGAAACACUUAUCACAUGUGAGGACAUCUUUACACCUUUACCUGGAAGAGAUGGACCAAUCAGAACAGUGAUGACAAAGGGAGUGGCUGGCAUUGGGAAAACAGUCUUAACACAGAAGUUCACUCUGGACUGGACUGAAGACAAAGCCAACCAGCAUGUCCAAUUCACAUUUCCAUUCACGUUCAGAGAGCUGAAUCUGCUGAGAGGGAAAAAGUUGAGCUUGGUGGAACUUGUUCAUCACUUCUUCACUGAGACCAAAGAAGCAGGAAUCAGCAGGUUUGAGCAGUUCCAGGUUGUGUUGAUCUUUGACGGUCUGGAUGAGUGUCGACUUCCUCUGGACUUCAACAACAACCAGAUCCUGACUGAUGUUACAGAGUCCACCUCAGUGGACGUUCUGCUGACAAACCUCAUCAAGAGGAAACUGCUUCCCUCUGCUCACCUCUGGAUAACCACACGACCUGCAGCAGCCAAUCAGAUCCCUCCUGAGUGUGUUGAUGUGUUUACAGAAGUGAUAGGCUUCACUGACCCACAGAAGGAGGAAUACUUCAGGAAGAGAUUCAGAGAUGAGGAGCAGGCCAACAGAAUCAUCUCCCACAUCAAGACAUCACGAAGCCUCCACAUCAUGUGCCACAUCCCAGUCUUCUGCUGGAUCACUGCUACAGUUCUGGAGGACGUGUUGAAGACCAGUGAGGGAGGAGACCUGCCCAAGACCCUGACUGAGAUGUACAUCCACUUCCUGCUGGUUCAGUUCAAAGUGCAGAACAUCAAGUAUCAUGGGAGAGCUGCGACAGAUCCACACUGGACUCCAGAGACCAGGGAGAUGAUCCUGUCUCUGGGAAAACUGGCUUUUGAGCAGCUGGAGAAAGGCAACCUGAUCUUCUAUGAAGCAGACCUGGUAGAGUGUGGCAUUGAUAUCAGAGCAGCCUCAGUGUACUCAGGAGUGUUCACACAGAUCUUUAAAGAGGAGCGUGGGCUGUACCAGGACAAGGUUUUCUGCUUCAUCCAUUUGAGCCUUCAGGAGUUUCUGGCGGCUCUUUAUGUCUUUCUGACAUUCAUCAACUCUGGAGUCAAUCUGCUGACAGAAGGACAAUCAACCUCCCAACUAAAACACCUCCUCCAGAGUGCUGUGGACAAGGCCUUACAGAGUCCAAAUGGACACCUGGACCUGUUCCUGCGCUUCCUCCUGGGUCUUUCACUGCCGGCCACUCAGACUCUCCUACAAGGCCUGCUGACACAGACAGGAAGUAGCUCACAGACCAAUCAGGAAACAGUCCAGUACAUCAAAGAGAAGAUCAGGGACAAUCCCUCUCCAGAGAGAAGCAUCAACCUGUUCCACUGUCUGAAUGAGCUGAAUGACCAUUCUCUAGUGAAGGAGAUCCAACAGUACCUGAGUUCAGGAAGUCUCUCCACAGCCAGUCUCUCCCCUGCUCAGUGGUCAGCUCUGGUCUUCAUCUUACUGACAUCAGAAGAAGAUCUGGAGGUGUUUGACUUGAAGAAAUACUCUGCUUCAGAGGAGGCUCUUCUGAGGCUGCUACCAGAGGUCAAAGCCUCCAGGAAAUCUGUGUAA